GUCUAAACACCUUUGCCUUCGACAACACCUGUACGGGCUACGUGCAGAGCAUCUCCAGUUCCUACUCCUGCGGUGUCGAAGCGGCCGAGGGCGUCGUGAUGUUCACAGCAGACAAGUUAUUUUCUCCUUGCAUUUUCAGUGAAACCUCGAUCACAAACUUGACAGUGACAGCCUUCAACGGCUCCGGCAUCUUCGUGAGUUGGGAGUCUGAGAACGUGAUCUCGAGGACGUUUGUGAUAGAAGUGCAGGGCGAUCCUUCGGGCAUUGAGAUCCACGGAGCCAACCAGGCCUUCCUACCCUUCAGGACUGCGGAGUGCACGCCCUACACGCUCAAGGAGACAGGAGUAUCAAGCAGCUCAUGUGGCAUUCCUCAGGGCAACAUUCCUGCAAAGGCACCGAAUUUCAACUCAUUCAGUAUAACAUCAAGACAACUACCGGACACGAGUGAGGUGUCGUGGGAGUCUCUGUCUCGCGUCGACCCUUGUGGACUGAUAACCUACUUCAACGCCCACAACUACGCCUACAUUGGAAACGACUGUACGAAGUACAAAGACUACAGAAUGCCUACCGCGGACCUCCAUUAUGUGUUCCCUGAUCCUACCUAUGAUCUGACUGUCACCGUCCCAGCUACCGGAGAAGUUCUUCUUUCCCGGGCCGAGGGCUGAUGAUUGCAGUUGGAGUGAUGGUUGCUGUGCGAGGUCAUCAUUGUUAUCGGCGAGGGCGCUGACCUGAAGAAGAAAGCCAAACUCUACGAAAAUAAUGAUUCAGCCAGUAUCCUGACCUAUUAUGAUCAUUUGGUUAAUGAAUGUUUUGUCUUUUACAAAACGCAUAAAAUUCUUGAUUUUC